UACAGUAAAAUCGGUUUCAUAGUUUAAAAUUGAACUAUUAAAGAGUGUGAUAACGUAACCUCACUAAUAUUGAAUAUAUUCUCUUACAUAUUAAUUGUAUAUUUAUUAAUCUUUAUUAAGAAAAAAAAAAUAAAUAAUGGAACAAUUGGAAGAAGCAUUGCUAGCAAUAAUAGUAUUACGUACUAGUGUUGAUCAAUUUUUCGGAGUUUUUCUAAAUAAUUUACAUGAAGAAAAUGAAUAUAAACAUGUCGUACGUUUACAAGGAUUAAUGACAACAAUUAAUAUAAAUUUAAGAAAUUUAACUGAAAAAAUUAAAAUUUUGGAUCCGCUAUUAUAUCCAUUAAAUUUGGGAAGCAUAACUGAUCUCGAUGAGGAGACUGCAGAGCAAAGGCAAGUCAAUUCUAUGAUAACUACCUUAAAUCAAUUGUUUGAUGAUAUGACAGUGUCUGUAUCCAAAUCGGUCACAUCAAUUGCAACAUUUGAUGUUAUAUUAGGACAUGUCUUAAAGGCAGUAAUAGUAAUUAGGGGCAUAGUGAUCGAAUGGGUUGUUAUAAAAGGUUAUGAAGAAUCAAUGGAUUUGUGGACACAAUCGAGGCAUAAAGUCUUCAGAAAAGUAACAGAAAAUGCUCUUGCUGCUAUGUUACACUUUUAUUCUACAGAAUGUCCUGAAUUAGCUGUACAAUCAUUUAUGAUUUGGUUGCAUAGUUUAAUCAAUUUGUUCAUUGAACCAUGCAAACAUUGUGGUCUAUAUCUAAAACAAGUUUCACUUCCAACGUGGAGAGAUUUUAAUACUUACGAAGCAUAUCAUGAAGAAUGUAAAUCUUGUGAUAUAACUGAAGAUUUUAUAAGUUCAAAUUAAAUCCAUUACUUUUCAUAGAAUUUUUCUUUUGUAAAAU